AUGACAACUCUGGCUGGAGCUGUCCCCAGGAUGAUGCGACCCGGGGCCGGGCAGAACUACCCCCGCAGCGGCUUCCCGCUGGAAGUUUCUACUCCUCUAGGCCAGGGCAGAGUCAAUCAGCUCGGAGGAGUGUUUAUCAAUGGCAGGCCUUUACCCAACCAUAUCCGACACAAGAUAGUGGAGAUGGCUCACCAUGGCAUAAGGCCCUGUGUCAUCUCUCGCCAGCUGCGAGUGUCCCACGGCUGCGUCUCCAAAAUUCUCUGCAGGUACCAAGAGACGGGCUCCAUUCGACCGGGGGCCAUCGGCGGCAGCAAGCCCAAGCAGGUGACGACGCCGGAUGUUGAGAAGAAAAUCGAGGAAUACAAGCGGGAAAACGCUGGGAUGUUCAGCUGGGAGAUUCGAGACAAACUGCUGAAGGAUGGUGUGUGUGACCGCAACACGGUGCCGUCAGUGAGUUCCAUCAGUCGCAUCCUGCGGAGCAAGUUUGGGAAAGGUGAGGAAGAGGAGGCUGAGCUGGAAAGGAAGGAGGUAGAGGAAGGUGACAAGAAGGCCAAGCACAGCAUUGACGGCAUCCUCAGUGAAAGAGCCCCUGUAUCACCUCAGUCUGAUGAAGGCUCUGACAUAGAUUCUGAACCAGAUUUGCCUUUAAAAAGAAAACAGCGUCGCAGCAGGACAACCUUCACAGCAGAGCAACUGGAAGAGCUGGAAAGAGCAUUUGAGAGGACACACUACCCUGAUAUAUAUACUAGGGAAGAACUUGCACAAAGGGCCAAGCUGACAGAGGCUCGUGUCCAGGUCUGGUUUAGUAACCGGCGUGCUAGAUGGAGGAAACAGGCAGGAGCCAAUCAGCUGAUGGCCUUCAAUCAUCUGAUCCCAGGAGGAUUCCCACCCAGUGCCAUGCCAACUUUGCCGACGUACCAGCUCUCUGAGCCCUCCUAUCAGCCCACCUCCAUACCGCAAGCUGUGUCUGAUCCCAGCAGCACUGUCCACAGACCUCAGCCUCUCCCUCCAAGCACUGUACACCAAAGCAGCCUCCCUUCAAACCCAGAGAGCAGCUCUGCCUAUUGCCUCCCCAGCAGCAGGCAUGGAUUUUCCAGCUAUACAGACAGCUUUGUGCCUCCGUCUGGGCCCUCGAAUCCCAUGAACCCUGCCAUUGGCAAUGGCCUUUCACCUCAGGUAAUGGGCCUCCUGACUAACCAUGGUGGUGUGCCUCACCAACCCCAAACUGAUUAUGCCUUGUCCCCUUUAACUGGGGGCCUGGAGCCCACCACCACUGUCUCAGCCAGCUGCAGCCAGCGGUUAGAUCACAUGAAGAGUUUAGACAGCCUGCCAACAUCCCAGUCCUACUGCCCACCGACCUACAGCACCACAGGUUACAGCAUGGACCCUGUCACAGGCUACCAGUAUGGGCAGUACGGACAAAGUGCCUUUCAUUAUCUGAAGCCAGAUAUUGCAUAA